AUGGCACAAGAGACUACCGUCACGGAUGGUGAUGAGGCGACUCAGGUCCAGGUUCUGGCUGGCGCGCCAGUCGAGGAGAAACAAGCCGAGGGGGAGCCGGUGAAGAAGGAGAACGGGGACAGUAAGGUGACCGUCGCCGAGCAAAGCCCCGAGUGCACGUUUGUACACCCAGAAGGCGGCUGGGGAUGGUUGGUCAUGCUCGCUGCCAUGUGGUGCAAUGGCUCGGUGUUCGGGAUCCAGAAUGCCUUUGGUAUCCUCUUCCUCUCCCUGCUACGGGAGUUUGGCUCCGAGCACGAUGAUGACCUGCGCUUUCGGACAGCAUGGGUGGGCUCACUCUCCAUGGGGAUGAUCUUCUUCUGCUCUCCGAUUGUGAGCGUCUUCACUGAUAUUCUCGGAUGCAGAAUUACCGCUGUUGGUGGGGCCGCUGUUGGCUUGGUUGGCCUCUUGGCCAGCUCUUUUGUCAAGUCUCUAGGCCCCAUGUAUUUCACCUACGGCAUUGUGUUUUCCUGCGGCUGUUCCUUUGCCUACCAGCCCAGCCUGGUCAUCUUAGGCCACUACUUUAAGAAGCGCCUCGGCUUGGUGAACGGCAUUGUGACUGCUGGCAGCAGCAUCUUCACCAUCACCCUUCCCUUUUUGCUCUCUGGCCUCCUGGAAAGAGUGGGGCUUCAGAACACCAUGCGUGUUCUCUGUAUCUUCAUGUUUGUGCUCAUGUUGGCCGGAUUCACCUAUAAGCCUCUGCUGCCAGUCAAGCCAAGAAGCACAAGUGGUUGUCCGCCCCUUAGCCAGAUCUUCAACGUCAACAUUUGGAAAUCAGUGGGAUAUCGCAUAUGGGCUUUCGGGAUUCCAGCAGCCCUUUAUGGAUACUUUGUGCCUUAUGUUCAUCUGAUGAAGCAUGUCGAGGAGCGCUUCGGGGUGGACUCCAAUAAAGAGGUUCUGCUCAUGUGCAUUGGCAUCACAUCCGGUUUCGGACGUCUCAUCUUUGGAAGAGUUGCUGACUAUAUUCAUGGGGUCAACAAAGUCUACCUGCAGGUGUCGUCCUUCCUCGUUAUUGGCCUCAUGUCUAUGAUGAUCCCACUUUGCAACAUCUUCGGAGGGCUGAUCGCUGUGUGUCUGCUUAUGGGAAUGUUCGACGGCUGCUUUAUCUGCAUCAUGGCUCCCAUCGCCUUUGAGCUUGUCGGAGCCGAGGAUGUAUCCCAGGCCAUUGGCUGUCUCCUGGGCCUGAUGUCAGUGCCCAUGACUGUGGGACCCCCAAUCGCAGGUUUCCUCAGGGAUCGACUGGGAAACUACGACCUGGCUUUCUACCUGGCAGGCAUCCCACCGCUCAUUGGAGGAGCUAUGCUGUGCCUGAUCCCCUGGGUGGAGGCCAGAAGCAAGAGAGCGAAAGAAGAAGCGCUCAAAGACGUCAACCAGACGAUGUUGAAUCAAGGGAAGCCGAAGGAAGAUGCACAACUAAAAACCGGAGAAUCCAUCCUCUAA